CUACAAGGUUUAUAUCAUUCACUACAGUAUAUAAACCCUCAUCAAAUUCUAUGAUCAAAUGUUAAAAUCUUGUUAAUUCUUCCGUUGUGUUACAUAACUGAUAUCCGGUAAUAUUCAGAGAAAGAGAGGUUAAAAGAUGGCAUCUGAGGGCAAUCUACAUGUUCUCAAUGCACUAGACGGUGCAAAAACACAAUGGUAUCACUUCACUGCUAUAGUGAUAGCCGGAAUGGGGUUUUUAACCGAUGCUUAUGACCUCUUUUGCAUAUCUUUGGUUACCAAGAUGCUUGGCCGGAUUUACUACCACCAACCCGGCUCUCCGAAGCCGGGAAACUUACCUCCGAACGUUUCUGCGGCCGUAAAUGGUGUCGCUCUUGUCGGAACCCUAUCCGGACAACUGUUCUUCGGGUGGCUAGGUGAUAAACUGGGCCGGAAAAAGGUUUAUGGUAUUACACUUAUGCUCAUGUGUAUAUGUUCGAUCGGUUCGGGUUUAUCGUUUGGAAGCAGCCCGAAAUCGGUCAUGGCUACGCUUUGUUUCUUCCGGUUUUGGCUUGGGUUUGGGAUUGGUGGCGACUACCCGCUCUCGGCCACGAUCAUGUCCGAAUAUUCGAAUAAGAAAACGCGAGGGGCGUUUAUUGCGGCGGUGUUCGCGAUGCAAGGGUUUGGUAUUUUAGGAGGUGGGGUUUUCGCGAUUAUCGUGUCAUCAUUAUUUGAUGCACAUUACAAGGCCCCGCCUUACGAGGUUGAUCCGGUGGGGUCCACAGUACCCGAGGCGGAUUAUGUGUGGCGGAUUAUUCUAAUGGUGGGAGCGGUUCCUGCGAUCUUGACUUAUUAUUGGCGGAUGAAGAUGCCUGAAACCGCGCGUUACACGGCCUUGGUGGCGAAAAACGCUAACCAAGCAGCGAUGGACAUGUCAAAAGUGAUGCAAAUGGAGAUCAAAGCUGACCAGCCGAAGCUCGAUCGGGUGGUCUCGAAAACAGGUAACACUUUCGGGCUUUUUAGUAAAGAUUUCCUUAAACGACACGGGUUGCAUUUACUCGGAACAACAAGCACUUGGUUCUUGUUAGAUAUCGCGUAUUACAGCCAAAACUUGUUCCAGAAAGAUAUCUUUAGCGCCAUCGGGUGGAUACCCGCGGCGAAAAAGAUGAACGCGAUUCACGAAGUGUACCGAAUCGCGAGGGCACAAACCCUAAUCGCACUAUGCAGCACAGUCCCCGGAUAUUGGUUUACGGUGUUCUUGAUCGAUAGAAUCGGGCGUUUUAAGAUACAACUAAUCGGGUUUUCGAUGAUGACAAUCUUUAUGUUCGCAUUAGCCAUCCCAUACCACCAUUGGACUCUUCCUCAAAACAACAUAUGGUUUGUGGUGAUAUACUCGUUAACAUUCUUUUUCGCGAAUUUUGGGCCGAACGCGACAACUUUUGUCGUCCCAGCCGAGAUUUUCCCGGCUAGGCUUCGUUCGACUUGUCAUGGUAUCUCCGCUGCAUCGGGGAAACUAGGCGCCAUCGUGGGCGCGUUUGGGUUCUUAUAUUUGGCGCAAAGUAAGGAUCCGGCUAAGGCGGAUGCCGGGUAUCCUGCGGGUAUCGGGGUCAAGAACUCGUUGAUCGUGUUGGGUGUGAUCAAUCUUUUGGGUACGAUUUGUACGUUUUUGGUGCCUGAAUCGAAUGGCAAGUCGCUAGAGGAAAUGUCUGGAGAGAAUGAAGAAGAAACCAUUUCACAAGUUUAACUCGAAAUUAUAAUUGUUUUACUCAUUAACAUUAGUUUGUCAAAGAUUAUUAGAGGUUUUAGUUUUGUUACUUGAUGUGUUUUAUGAAAUUUGCUACUUGAUAUCUUUA